AUGCGAUCAGGCACCUGCACACCUUACACACUUACACAAGGCACUCCGGGUGCAUUCGUGUAUCAAAACGUGUCGCGGAGCGUAUCGCCGUCGGUCCAAUCGCGCCGGGUUCCCAGAGUGGUGGACCUGGAGACAAUCGAGGAGCUGCAAGAUGCGUGGAGCAGACAGUAUGAGACACUGCGCGACCCGCCACCGCCGCCGCUUCUCAAUUCGCCUCGCUCCCUUCGCGCCUGUGAACUGGCAAAUGUGAGCCCGCAAUCCACGUUGCAGAAGCUGUCGCUCAAACAGCAUCUGUUUUGUGUCCUCGGCAACCCACAGGCGCUCAGCUCGCUGCCCGACUGGGCAACCACAGAGUACCAGGUGCUGAUACAGUCCGCCUUGCGCAGCUUUAGCGAGGCUGCCGUCGGGCUAGGCACGUCACAGGAGAAGCUUGCCGCGUUCAUCGCCUUCACAAACCAAGAGAAGCUUCGCGUACCUCAACUGGCGUCGCUACGAGCGCUGCGACGUCAGUUGAUGGCUCAAGAAGCGAUUACCGAGCGAGGGUUUCAUCACCAGCAGCCAGACUACGAACUUUCGAAGUGCAUUAGCAGCGCCUCGGCGACUUACCAGGACGCCAGUGACCAAGGUGCACACCUUAGCGACCUGAGGGAAGUGAACUUGCUGUGCGCUUCGAAAAUAGAAAAGAGUCUGCCACCCAGUAACACUUCCUCCCUGAGCCAUCGGCGGGGAGACGGCACCACCGGCACGGAAAAAACUCGUUUUCAGUCACCACGUUACUCGCCUUUGGAAUCGGCGUCUUUUGCACAAGCAGAGACAGGCAACGACGAAUAUGAUGAGGGCGUCCGCGGCUGUGGAGCGUGGGACUUCGCUCCGACACCUACCCCAUCUGGGAAGCUCCCCUACAAGCCCCGCGACGUCUACUUGCUUAACAGCAGCUACUUCGCGAACCGCAGCAUCCGGAGCGACAGGAGUAACCCGUCCGGCGCGCCGCUUCCCGCUUCGUCCCCUGGGACGCCGUCUCCAUUGUGGGGAGACACCAUGACCGCGACGGGCUUCGCGAAGCUGCCGGCUCCCUCACCGCAGCCGCUGUUAACUGUAGACGCCAGUCUCGGCACCGUCAUCGACGUGGACAGCGAAUUCUCACUGGCUUGUGAAGCAGAAGAUACCGCUGAGUCGCGCUCUGCUCCGAAGCAGGACCUUAGCAUCGUUUCCAUGAACAGCAGUCAGCUCGAGUUGCUGAACAUUGCCGAGUCAACAGCCUCAUCGAGUGAGGCGGCCCUUGCUCAACCAUCGGCUGCGGCGGUGCUGGCGGUGAUCCGGGGAAAGGUGAAAGAUGGAUCUCUAUCAAAGCACACUGUGACGCUCUUUCAUGAGUCCAACGAGAGGCGAAGCCGUGGGGAUGCAGCGGCGACUGCAGCGGAGGUGGGUGUGGCUCCCUCAACGGCGUCUAUCGCAGAGCGGAAGCCGGGGCCUUUCAGUCAGCCCUUGCCGCAGCGAGGACUGCGUGGAUACACAAACCAUGGAAACUUCGCGUCCUUGUUGGUCCCUAACGUACUCGCUCGACCUGUGUCGCCGCCGGCAGAAGGGAAGGUAGCGCCGUUUUCUUUGGGUGUCGCCGCAGCGGCGACGUCCCCUUUCGGCAAAGACAAAGCUGUGGCGUCGAAGCAGCAGGAAGGGAUGACUUCGACAACGGCAACACCGAUCGAAUGUACGGACUCUGCAGAGCCAGCAGCCGCUUCUGCACCAUGGCGGCUGCCCUCACCGCCUGUGAUCACGCAAGCAGAGGAGAGCGACGGAUUCGUGUACUACUGUGCCAACCCCUCACACAGCGUCAUCAAUUCCUACGCAGGUAGGCGUGAGUUUCUCGCCGUCACGGUGAAGCUGUAG